GAUUUAUAUACGAUGUAGAUGUUUCUCGCCAUGCCAUUCUCCACAUGAGAUUGUGCAUCAAUCAAUAUCAACAUGAGUUUUGGUUUUGGUAUAGGCGACAUCCUCGCGGUGAUCGAGCUUGCCAGGAAGAUACGAAAAGAUUUUGCUGAUGCUCCAAGUCAAUUUAAGGAUAUAUCGCUCGAGGUGCGAAGCCUCUCCAUUGUACUUCAGGAUAUCGAAGACGAGCUUUCAUUGCCAGACCUCGAUACCAAACAAGAAAGUGAACUCAAAGAAAUCGUCGACGGUUGUCGAGAUGUUCUUGAGAAGUUGCAACGACUGUUGAGCACAUAUGGCGAAUUGAGAUCCGACUCUAGAGGCGUGGGUUAUAAGGCGAAAAGGAUUUGGAAACGAUUUCAAUGGGAGCCGGAUGACAUCAAAGAGCUUCGAAGUCGCAUUACAACAAAUGUUGCUUUUCUGAAUGCAUUUCGAGGGAAAUUCACCAAUAAAACGCUACAUGAGAUAAAGAACAGCGCAGACCAGUUUCAUGAACGACAAGAUGAUCGAGAACUCAAUAAGGAAUGUUUAGCGAUUCUGAAUUGGCUUACCCCAAUCGAUCAUACAUCUCAACAGCAUGAUUUCAUCACAAAGCGGCAAGCAGACACAGGACAAUGGCUUCUAGAUUCGCCAGUUUUCAUAGAAUGGGUAAGUUCUGAUAGUCAGAAAUUGUUCUGUCCGGGUAUCCCUGGCGCAGGCAAAACGAUGCUCACAUCAAUUGUUAUUGAAGAACUCAUGAACCGCUUCCGAAACGACAAAAGUAUUGGAAUCGCAUACCUGUAUUGCAACUUCAAACGCCAACAUGACCAAAAGAUUGAUGACUUACUAUUAAGUCUUCUCAAGCAGCUCUCCCGAUAUCAGUCUUCACUGCCAGGUGCAGUGAAAGAUAUGUUUGAUCUACACUCGCCCAGGCAGUAUCGUCCAUCGAAAAAAGAAAUCUCUAGUGCCCUCAAGUCUGUUACCGAUUUGUAUUCCAGGGUAUUUAUUGUUAUCGAUGCUCUCGAUGAAUGUCAAAUGGCCGAUGGUUGUCGAAUGGACUUUCUAUCAGAAGUUUUCCAUCUUCAAGAAACAUGCCAACUAAGUCUUUUCGCAACCUCGAGACAUAUUCCCGAUAUCGAAGAAAUGUUUGAUAACUCUAUGCGAUUGGAAAUUCGCGCCAGUGAUACAGAUGUGGAAAUAUACUUAGAUGGUCGUAUGUCGCAGUUACCUGAAUAUGUACGUAACAGCAAGGACUUGCAAAAUGAGAUCAAAUCUAAAAUUAUUAAAGCAAUCGAUGGAAUGUUUCUGCUUGCUCGACUUAACUUUGAUUCAUUAAAAGGCAAAAAGUCUCCAAAAGCUAUGCGAAACGCUUUGAAUAUGCUCCCAACUGGAACCGACGCUUACAAAGAUGCAUACAAAGAUGCUAUGGAAAGAAUUGAAGGUCAGCUGGAUGAUGAGAGAGAUCUUGCGAAGCAGGUUCUUUCGUGGAUUACUUUUGCAAAAAGGCCUCUUACGACAGCAGAACUUCAAGACGCUAUUGCAGUGGAGAUCAACGAGACGGAGCUUGACCGAGAAAACUUUACUGAAAUUAGCACAAUGAUUUCUGUAUGCGCUGGACUAGUGACUGUUGAUGACGAAGGCAAAAUAAUCCGCUUGGUUCAUUAUACCACACAAGAAUACUUUGAGCGAACACGAGAUGAGUGGUUCCCUAAUGCAGAAACCUUUAUUACUACAAUUUGCGUUACAUAUCUAUCAUUCGAAACUUUCAAUACUGGCUUUUGUCAAACCUCCCAAGACUUCGUGAAACGGGUACGGUCUAAUCGAUUGUCCAUGUAUGCCGCAAAGUUUUGGGGGCUUCACGCUUGCAAGGCUUCAAUUUCAGAGAAAAUAUUAGAGCGAGCGCUUUUAAGAUUUCUCGAAAACCAGCUAAAAGUUGGCGCAUCAUGGCAGUUAAUGAAUUGUAAUUAUCCAGUAGAAUUAUAUGUCUGCCAGGGCUCAAUUCCCGAGUCUUCACCCUCUUAUUAUGGCCAGUUCUUGAGUAGAGGAUUGACAGGAAUGCACAUAACAGCACUCUUUGGACUGGAAACUGUUAUACAGCUGUUGCUUUAUUCGGGAAAACUAGAAGUCGAUUCAAGGGGCAGGUCUAGCCAGGAAAGAGGUUUCUAUUUUGAUUCCAAUACUGUUAAUCCGGGUCGAACGCCACUCUUUUUUGCGGCGGAAAAGGGAUAUGAGAAGGUGGUGAAGCUUUUGCUUGAUACAGGCAAAGUGGAUCCCGAUUGGAAAGAUUGUGAUAAUCGAACGCCACUAUAUUGGGCGGCUAAUAACGGGCACGAGAAGGUGGUGAAGCUUUUGCUUGAUACAGGCAAAGUGAAUGUCAAUUUAAGAGGUUCCAGAGGUCAGACGCCGUUUCAUUCGGCGGCUAGAUCUGGUAAUGAGAAUUUGGUAAAGCUUUUGCUUGAUACAGGCAAAGUCGGGAUCAAUCGUAAAGAUUCUAAUGGUCGAACACCAUUGUCUCUUGCGGCUGAGAACGGGCAUGAGAAGGUGGUAAAGCUUUUGCUUGAUACAGGCAAAGUCGAGAUCGAUUGUAAAGAUUCUAAGAAUCGAACGCCACUAUAUUGGGCGGCUGAUAACGAGCACGAGAAGGUGGUGAAGAUUUUGCUUGAUACAGGCAAAGUCGAGAUCGAUUGUAAAGAUUAUGAUGAUCGAACGCUACUAUGUUGGGCGGCUAGGAAGGGGCACGAGAAGAUAGUGAAGCUUUUGCUUGAUACAGGCAAAGUGGAUCCCGAUUGUAAAGAUUAUGAUGAUCGAACGCCACUAUAUUGGGCGGCUAAUAACGGGCACGAGAAGAUGGUGAAGCUUUUGCUUGAUACAGGCAAAGUCGAGAUCGAUGAAACUGAUAAGUUUGGUAAAACACCACUAUUCGGUGCUGUUUACUAUGGACACGAAUCAAUAGUGAAGCUACUACUCAAUACAGAUGCGGUGGACAUCAAUAAAAGUGAUCACAAGUGCAGAACACCAAUUUCACAUGCUGCUGAAAGCGGCAAUGAAUCUAUGGUAAAGCUGCUUCUUAGUACAAAUUCAGUUGAUGUUAAUGCUGUUGAUAAGUAUCACCGACCACCCAUCUCCCAUGCUGCUGAUUCUGGUCGCGAAUCGAUCGUAAAGCUACUUCUGGAUACAGGGAAGAUUGAUGUCGGCUACCAAGAUGACGUGGGUCUAUCACCAUUUUCCUAUGCUUGUCUCCAGAGACAUGAAAGCAUAAUGAAAUUGCUGCUUGAUGCAGGUAAAGUUGAUCUCAGUCAUAAAGACGAGAAAGGCAUGACACCAUUCUGGAUGGCAGCUGCUGCAGGCUGCGAGGCAGUUGUGAAGCAAAUUCUUGAUACAAAUAAAGUUGAUCUCAAGCGCGAAGUGGACUAUUGGUUGUGUCCAGAGAAUGAAUGGUGUGAUCAUGAGGGAGUAGUGAAACUUCUGGUGGGGAAAUACGCUGAUAUGAAGAUUGACAUUCCACCUGAAGCUGAAGGACAUAUCCGGAAAAGAUGGCCAGGGCUCUUAGAAGGUACAUGAAUUUCCCUCAUGCAGAGUUGAAGAGCGCUACCUGUGAUGGGAGGCUUUUUGGAGAUAGAUGGGCAUGUAAUCAAUGUUUAGCCAGCGACGGCUGCCAGAUAAUGUCUGCUUUUUAUUGGACGAGAUCCAUAUCUUUGUAUUUGCAUUAUCCAAACUUUUUUCUUUACAAAAAUACUGACGGCUAAUGCGCGAUUAUGAUAGUAUGAUACAGCAAGCUUUCUACAAAAUUUAGUCACUCCCCUUGA